ACAUGGAUGAUGGAUGGCAGUUAAUUUAGAUGGUUAUGUUGUUCUAUCGAAUUUCAUAGACGAUACUUGUGUACGCGGUUAGUAGUUGUAUGUUUAGAGAGUUUACACCAUCAAUUGGAAAGUUGCUUCAUCACUCAUGUAGAAAUUUGACAAGUCAUUCUACAUAUAUCGUUGGUGUAGCGGUUAUUAUACCAGAAGGUAGUACUCUAAUUUGACUCCACAUGGGUGAUUACUUACUCUCAUUUUGGUCUACGAUGAGCAUCAACAUGUUAGAUUUGUAUUACAAUCUCAAAGUCUCAUUCGUCGAUAUUUAGAUAGGACGGACCUCUAGUAUCUAUUAAAAAUGUAACUUGCUCGACUUCUUAAUGGUAAGAGUCUCCUUAUACCUACAAGUUUAUAUUUGGUUUAUGUUUAAUCCGAAUGUUGUUUAUUGGCUAAUGUAUUUAAAAUAAAAAGGUUUCCAUCUUCUACUAUUGAUAGAGGCAAUGGAGAUUUAACUCGUUUUUAAUCAACAAAUAAAGAAGAGAAGAAAUCCAAGAUUAGGAUAGACACACAUGAGCUACCAAACAUUUUCCCUAGUAAAACAGAAAGCUGCAAACUUUGCCUCAUGUCUUCCCUUCCUUUCCUUCCUUUUCUUAUCCAAACACUCUUCUCAGCCAGUUUCCAACUUACCCUUUUCUCUUCCCUCUCAAAAGAAUCAACAAAUUAUGCAAUCUUCUUCCUGUUCUUCUUCUUCUUCUUCUUCUUCACUCCAACCACUACUCUCCUUCCCACCCAAUCACAAGCCUCUAACCUUCAUUGAAGUCUCCCCAGCUCAUGGCAUCUUCUUCAACAGAGCCAUCAGAAGAAAGUCUUGCUCUUCAAAGUCUUGGGUUUCUGUUCAUGCAGUAGAGAAGAAGAACUCUCAACAACAACAAGAAGAAGAAGAAGAGCAAUAUGAGAUAGACACAGAUCAGGCUAAGCAAGCCCUGCAGCAACUUGACCAGCAGCUCCAACAACUCUCCACAAAGCAAGUCUCCCCUCCAAAAGUUAAAGCUUCAGAAGUGAAGAUUACAAGGGAGCAAGUGAAGGAAGAGUUCAGGGAGAUUCCAGUAUCUGUGGUUCCAUAUGUUGUGGUAGUUCUGUUUGCCUUCAGCAUCUUCUACAAUAUUCUGUUCCUCACUGUGAUAAAACCAGCCAUAGAUGGACCAGAGCUAACCCCUGGAGCUACCAUCAGGGUGGAAAUGGAACCAUCUCGGUACAGAAUUAUGCAGUUGAUGCAGCCAUUAAACCCUGAAGGGUUCCUGUAAUUAUGCUUACAUUACAUAUAUAGAGAUGAUUGUGAUCAAUGGUAUAUACCAAGAUUCAUUGUUCUCUGAUGCAUUUGAGAUAAUUGGUAACAAGGCAAUGGAAGCUGAUGGGGCCAUCUGAAGAGCCAUUCUUAGUGCUUGUGGAAUACAUGGGAAUGUGGAGGUGGAUGAUAAUGUUGGCAGGAAUGUGAUUGAGUUAGAGCCCUCAAAUCAUAUCAACUAUGUGUUGCUUUCAAAUGUUCAUGGAUUGGUAAAUAGAUGGGGAAGUUGUUGGGAAGCCAGGGAAGGAGAUUGAACUGAAAGGGUUGAGGCUAACUCUUUGAAUGGUGUAGUUCAUGAGUUGCUCAGUUGAUGGAGAUGUUGGUUGGACACAUUGUAAGGUCGUGUGUUUGAUUAACGUCAUCAAUCAGUAUAAAAUUAUUGAGCAACAUUCGAGUUGGUCGUGUCUUGUGUUCGGGUUGCUCGGUAUGUUCAGAUUACUGGAUAUCACAUAGUCCCGAUGUUUAGUAUGCCUGCGACGUCACUAAUGUAGUGACUAAAAAGGCGCACCAACCUUUGUUUAUUAACAUGCGAGGAAUUUGAACUACAAAAUCUAAUUGAAGUACAAGUAAUACACCAAAAAGAAAUAAGGGGCAGUAAAAGUAAAAAUAUACUCUCCUAUUCACAUAUCAUUUGACCUACAGUAGCUAAAUGUUUUGAAACAAUUACCCUCCCGAAAAAACAUACUCAAUAAGAAAUGUGUCAUAAUGAAGCAUCUGUAAAUCUAAAGGUAAUAGUUGUUGAAUUUAGCGGUCUCUAUCAAGUGAACGACCAUACGUGAAUCAGACCGCAGAACGGCCUUCUUUCUUAACCCUCAAAUUCCUAUGGAUGAUAGGUAUUAGAGAGAACAAAUAGAGUGAUAUUAACACUAUUGUUUCUUGUGUUUGUUUGUCCUUCUUAUGAGUUUGUUCGUAAUUCGAAUAGAUAACGACGGUUAGUUGUUAGCCAAUAAUUUGUCAGUAGUUUAACUUUAAUUAAUUGUAUUUUGUUUAAUGGUUAACCGAUAACGAUCUACUAUCAUAACCGCAUAUUCGUAAGAAAAAACCACCCGAAGUGAAGAACACCAAAUUUUCUUCCAAUCUUUGACCCGGCGGCCAACAAAAGUUUUCACUGCGGCGACCCGGUUUGACCCGACUUCUCUAAUUGGGCUUGCGGCCCAUUUAAAGACAGUACGGAAUAGCGUCCAUGUUCAAUGUUCCACAGAAUCCAAUUUGGGUUUCGCAUGUCUGCCACACUGCCCACUUUGUAUCACGCGCCGCCGUCUCUGUUCGUGUUUUUUUUGCCACUUGUUGCGGCCGAGCCCAUGGCGGCGCGUGUAAAUAACCAGGUACUCGUGUC